AUGCCAGAGAAGCAUCCGGAGGAUGUAACAUUUGACCAUCUCGUCCUAACUGAUGAUAUCAAUCCUGAGGUCUUACAGAUUAACAUCAUUGAAAUUGAGGACGACAAUGGUGUUUAUGCAAAUACAUGGCUUUCAUUUACAGUAGAUCCGGCUGAGUUUAUUGGGAAGAAGGUGCUAGCAGUGCCGAGAUGUUGCCAGAAGAGGAAGGGAACAUAG